AUGUCUUUAGUUGCGAUGCGAGGGAUUGUCCUGGCUGUGAUCAACGCUCGGGAUGGCUUUGCUCUCCAUGGCUGUUAUGCACUCGAUUCUGCUAGCAAUUUGGUCGGAGGUGCGAAUACCGUGUACCCGCUCUUCUAUAAACUCGAAUCCCAAUAUCUAGAGGUCCGCGAUGGAGCCGGGACGACGUUCAUGUGUUAUGCCGAUCAGAACGUGGGAAACAGACUUGGUCAGUCGGCCCCAAAAAUCGCUCGAUCUUCCGCGCACAUUGUAACGAGCUCCAACUGA